GCUUGUGUGGGGAAACCAAGAGACCAUCUGGACCCUCUCGCGGCAUGCUGUGACAGCUCAACCAUCCCCAAGAACAGUGGCACUGGCCAAGCCCAAGCAGGAUUUUGGCAAGCAUCAGUGCAGGUCAGUGAUCUGCGGACAGGAAUCAAUGAUCUGUGAGCGUCCCCCACUAGUGAAUUUUGGCUUCCUUUCUGAUCGACUGCUGAAGUUGUCUGAACCUAAAAAAUACCAGGCUGCUUACCUGCAGCAAAGACCUCGCCAGUCCCCUGAGUGGCCCGUGUCGCCAGCUGCACUGAGCUAUAAGGCCUCCCCGCGGAUCCUGGAGCUUGCCCGGCCAAAGGUGCUGCACCCAGAGUUCCUGUAUGCCAGAGAGGUGCCAACACAGGUUACAAAUGUCGUGGCCAUGGCGAGAGCAUCCUCGCGGUUACAGCGUCUCGCAGAGCCCCGGGUCAGGAAGGUGACCUGCUGCUAUGAGCUCAGCUUUCCUGAAUCUGUCAUCCAUCCGGUUUCCAAGUUAGCUCAGCAGGCAAUCGCAAGCCCUCGGACCCUGGAGCUGGCUAGGGCAAAAAGAUUGCAUCCUGACUAUGUGCCCCUGCGGGAUGCUGAGUGGCCAGUGACGAAGGCUGCGAAGCAUGCAGUGGCCACACCGAGGCUCGUGGAACUGGCCCAGCCUUGCAAAAGGCCUCCUGGGGGCUUGGCUCAAUUCAACCCAGAUGCCUUCACAGUGAAGGAGACUGCGAAGAAGGCAACUUGUUCUGCUCGGAUCCAAGACCUGGCUCGUCCAAUUAAGCGCUGA